AUGGGUGUCAGCGGGAACGGGAGAGCGCAUGUCUAUGAUUCCACAACCAACACCCUCUGGGUUCUGGACCUCGUCCAACGGACUGGCGUGUACUACGUCGAUCACGAGCACUGUAUUCAGGUAAGUCCGUCUACGAAACGGUCCUAGAUCACGAGAGAAGUGAGCCCCAGACUGUGAUCGUUGAGCCUUGUCCGCUUCGAUCUAA